CCCCAUACUACAAAGCAGAGGGCAUCCAAGUAAAGUAAUGGAUGAGCAGUCUGCUGGUGAACCAUCCAACACAGGCUUUGUCCUGGCUGACUACGCUGUCUUUGCCGCCAUGUUGUUGGUCUCCAUGGCCAUAGGACUCUUCCAGGCUCUGAAGAAGAGGCCAAGGAACACCAAUGUUGAUGACUUCUUCACCGGUGGUCGGAGCAUGCCAGCAGUGCCUGUUGGGCUGUCGCUCUGUGCCAGUUUUAUGUCGGCAGUCCAGGUUCUGGGUGUUCCUUCUGAGGCUUCUCGCUAUGGCUUUAAAUUCCUCUAUAUGUGCCUCGGACAAAGCAUCAACUCCCUGCUGACAGCCUACCUCUUCCUGCCAGUUUUCUUUCGACUGGGCAUCACCAGCACCAAUCAGUAUCUGAAGAUGAGAUUUGGCAGAGGGAUGCAGCUGCUGGGGAGUGUCCAGUUUCUUGUGGCGACGCUGCUUUACACAGGGAUUGUCAUCUAUGCGCCAGCCUUGAUCCUCAACCAAGCAACCGGACUCAAUAUGUGGGUGUCUUUGUUUUCUACUGGGAUCAUCUGCACCCUGUAUACCACACUGGGUGGUAUGAAAGCCGUUAUCUGGACUGAUGUGUUCCAGAUCAUCGUCAUGUUGUCAGGCUUCGUGGCCAUUUUCAUCCACGGCACAGUUCUGGUUGGUGGUCCUGCACAAGUGCUGGAGAUCGCCAAGAAUGGAUCACGCAUUAAUAUGAAUGAUUUUGAUGUUGACCCGCGGCGGCGCUAUACCUUCUGGAGCCUCUCUGUUGGGGGUGCUUUGGUUUGGCUGUCCAUGUACAGUGUAAAUCAAGCUCAAGUGCAGCGCUACAUCUCCUGCAGAACAGAGAGAGAAGCCCAGUGGGCGCUGUUUGUGAACCAAGUGGGUCUAUGCCUCAUUGUGAGCAGCGCAGGAACCUGCGGCAUUGUGAUGUUUGCAUAUUACAUCAACUGUGAUCCGUUGAAGUCUGGGAGAAUAUCUGCUCCUGAUCUGUAUAUGCCAUACUUUGUGCUGGACAUAUUCAGAAAUCACCCAGGCCUUCCAGGUCUUUUCCUAGCCUGUGCAUACAGUGGAACUCUGAGCACAGCCUCCACAAGUAUCAAUGCCAUGGCUGCUGUAACAAUGGAGGAUCUGCUGCGACCUCAUCUGGUCCACAUGACACAGAAGAAACUGAUCCUUGUUUCCAAAGGACUGUCUUUCCUGUAUGGAGUUGGUUGUAUCACCAUAGCUGCUCUCUCCUCCUUCCUGGACUGGGGAGUUCUGCAGGGAUCAUUUACUGUCAUGGGUGUCGUCAGUGGUCCAUUGCUGGGCGUAUUCAUUUUGGGGAUGUUUGUUCCAGCAACAAACAGGCUGGGGGCAUUCUCAGGUAUAUUAGUGGGCUUCUGUGUCUCUCUGUGGCUGGCUGUUGGAUCAACUCUUUACCCGCCCACUGAGGAGAUGAUGGGUGUCUUGCCCAGCUAUGCAGGCGAGUGUCAACCAAGCAACAUAACCCAGAACAGCAGCCCUAACCAGGACCAGCAUUCCAUCUCCACCCCUCUUAACCCCACUAACCAGGGGGGCCUGCAUAACUUCUACUCCAUGUCCUACCUCUACUUUGGUGCCAUGGCGACUAGUUCGGUUGUACUAGUUGGGCUGAUAGUGAGCUGUGCAACAGGACCAACAAAGAGGAAUGAUAUUAAAGAAGGCUUAUUGUGGUGGGAUUUGAACAAAAAGCAAGUGGAGGUCACAUCAGAGCGCAGAACUGGAACAAUGCCCAGGAUGUUUUCCUUUGUUCUGCCCUAUGCAUGCUGGGAUACGCUGCAGCCACCUGCGAGCCUGAAUAGGAAAAGUCGGGGAGACAAGGAAAUUGAUAAACCGCAGCUUGUGCCUUUGAGUAACCUGCAGAAAGAGGACUCAAAUGAAAAAGAUGAACUGACAGAUGAUGAGAAUAUUAAAUCACCACACCAGGUGUAGAUGCUGGACAACUGAAGAUUUUUAUUCCAAAUAGCACUAAUGAUGGUG